CAAAAGUGGGAUUUUUUGUAACUACACAGGACAUUGCGGGGGUCCAAACAGAGGGGGGGCUGCCUGUGCUUGGAGCUUCGUUAGUUUUCUGUCAUUCUGUCAGCGCAGCUAUGUCUCGAAUAUUAAACCUCAUUAGCAUUCAGCUGCGCAAAGACUUCACCGCAUGUGGAGGGAUUUCACGGCUCCCCCUGAGGACCAUCAGCUGCACCCCAAGUAAACAUGCAGAAGAAGGUGAUGCCUCUUCAGUUUUGAGAAAGCGCUGGAAGGACACUGCUGACACUGUCAUCAUUGGAGGAGGAUGCGUGGGGGUCAGUCUGGCGUAUCACCUGGCCAAAGGUGGCAUGAAGAAUGUGGUACUGCUGGAGAAGUCUGAGCUGACGGCUGGCUCCACCUGGCACGCUGCGGGUCUGACAACCUAUUACCAUCCAGGCAUCAACCUGAAGAAAGUCCACUUUGACAGCAUCAAACUAUAUGAGAGCCUCGAGGCAGAAACUGGACAGGCUGUGGGCUUUCACCAGCCCGGCAGCAUCCGAAUUGCUUCUACGGCAGCUCGUGUGGAUGAAAUGAAGUACCAGAUGACUCGUACGCACUGGCACGUGACGCCGCAGUACCUCAUUGGACCAGAGAAAGUUCAAGACCUUUUCCCCCUGCUAAACAUUGACAAGGUGUUGGCAGGUCUUUAUACUCCUGGAGAUGGCCACAUUGACCCGUACUCUCUUACCAUGGCUCUGGCUGCUGGAGCUCGUAUGUACGGGGCCCAGAUUUACAAUCCAGCUCCAGUCACUGGGCUCAAACCAACAUCAGAUGGGAAGUGGGAUGUCCAGACUCCUCAUGGGACCAUCCGUGCAAAUUGCAUUGUGAACACAGCAGGGUUUUGGGCCCGUGAAGUGGGCAAAAUGAUUGGUUUCGAACACCCCACUAUCCCUGUGCAUCACCAGUAUGUAGUGACAGCAACAGUACCAGAGGUGAAGGCUCUGAAGAAGGAGCUGGCUGUUAUCAGGGACCUGGAGGGCUCCUACUAUAUGCGUCAGGAGAGGGAUGGACUGCUGUUUGGUCCAUAUGAGAAGAUGGAGAAGAUGGUGCUUCAGGACUCCUGGGUUAGAGAUGGAGUACCACCAGGUUUUGGGAAGGAGCUGUUUGAGUCGGACCUCGACAGAAUAAUGGAGCAUAUUGAGAUGGCCAUGGAGAUGGUCCCUGUGCUGAAGAAAGCCGACAUCAUCAAUGUCGUGUCUGGACCGAUCACAUACACCCCUGACCUGCUGCCCAUGGUCGGACCACAUCAGGGCAUUCGCAACUACUGGACUGCCAUUGGCUUUGGGUAUGGAGUUAUCCAUGCUGGUGGCAUCGGUAAGUUCCUGAGCGACUGGAUUAUUAAUAGAGAGCCUCCUUACGACCUGCUUGAAUGUGAUCCCAGCCGAUAUGGCAAAUGGACAGAUGUACCUUUCAUAUGUGCCAAAGCAAGAGAAUCGUAUGGCUUCAACAAUGUGGUCGGUUAUCCCAAGGAAGAGCGUUUUGCUGGUCGGCCAACUUCCAGGACAAGUGGUGUUUACAAGCUGCUGAAGGACAAGUGCUCAAUGGGCUUUCAUGCCGGCUGGGAACAACCCCACUGGUUCUACAAACCUGGAGAUGACACGGGAUACAAGCCGAGUUUCAGACGUACCAACUGGUUCAGUUCUGUAGGGGGAGAAUGCAGACUGGUGAUGGAGAAGGUGGGUGUGAUCGACCUCACGCCUUUUGGAAAGUUUAUAGUAAAAGGGAAGGACUCACUCAAGCUGCUUGAUCACCUGUUUGCCAAUAACAUGCCAAAGGUUGGCCAGACCAACAUCAGCCACAUGCUGACGCCUGCUGGCAGAGUCUUUGCUGAGGUCACCAUCACCCAGAUGACACCAGGAGAGUUCCUGCUCAUCACAGGCUCGGGGUCUGAGCUCCACGACCUCAGAUGGAUUGAAACAGAAGCUGCCGAGGGCAGAUAUGAUGUGGACAUCAAUAAUGUGACAGACAAGAUAGGAGUGCUGGGAAUUGCUGGACCAAAUUCCCGGAAGGUUCUCCAGAAGCUGACAGAUGAAGAUAUGAGUGAUGCCGGGUUCAAAUUUCUCCACUGCAAGAACAUCCAGCUGGCUGGGAUCCCUGUCAGGGCCAUCAGGAUCUCCUACACUGGUGAGCUGGGCUGGGAGCUGUACAUUGAGCAGAAGAACAUGGCAGCUGUGUACCAGGCCAUGAUGGAAGCAGGAAAAGAUGAAGGCAUCGACAAUUUCGGCACCUAUGCCAUGGCCUCUCUCAGACUGGAAAAGGGCUUCAGGGGUUGGGGAGCUGAGAUGAACUGUGACACUAAUCCUCUGGAGGCGGGGCUGGACUAUUUCAUUAAACUGAACAAGCCAGCUGACUUUAUUGGUAAAGCAUCGCUUCAGGAGAUCAAAGGCAAAGGCCUGAAGAGGAAGCUGUCCUAUCUUUCUAUUAGAACGGAUGACGUUGACCCAGAAGGCAACGAGACCAUUUGGCACAACGGCAAGGUGGUUGGGAACACUACGUCUGGAGCCUACAGCUACAGCAGCCAGCAGAGCCUGGCGUUCGGUUACCUGCCCCUGGAGCUGAGCUCUGUGGGCCAGCAGGUGGAGGUGGAGCUGCUGGGCAGGAAGUACCCCGCCACGGUCAUCCAGGAGCCCCUCAUCCUCACCGAGCCCACACGGACGCGGCUCGCUAAGAAAGCAAAGGCUUAAGCAUAAGCACCAGUCUGAGACUGGAAACAUAUUGUUUGAAUGACAUGUGAAGUCUUCCAUUGUGUUGUAUUCUUACACAACCACACUCUCUCAUUGUGCAUAGUGUGGGGGGAGUAAUUACCGUUUUUCUGAUUCCAUGAAAGGAAGAUCAGUGUUUACAGGUCAGAUGUUCCUGUGUGAUAAAUGGAACAAAGUGUGGAAGCGUCAAAUAACUAAAAGAAAAGCUGAUUCCAAACAUGUAAAAAGGUUUUGGUAUUUUUUAAAUCCCUUUUGUGUAACUAAUGAAAUUAAAAUAGUGUACAUUAUACAUUAUUAGGCUCCGUUCCAGUUCAGUAGUCUUUAAACUACAAACAAUACUGUGUAUACUUUAUAUGUUUAUUAAUUAUAUAAUACACUGCGUUAUAUGAAACUGAUGACAUUUUAAAAUAUUAUUUCAAAUGAUAAAGUAUAAUUUAUCAGGCUCAAAAGUGCCACAUGUUAAUGGCAUACAUAUAUUUUUAUGAAAUAAUUUAAUGAUCUUGUCUCACAGCUUAUCAUCUGUCGGACUGAGCCAUUAAAGUCAGUGGGUGGGGCUAACAUUGCUGUAUACAAGGUGCUUGGUUGUCUACCCUUCCAAGUCUGCAUGUAAGCUCACCAUGCCGUAUACAGCUAGGAAGUAAUGGAUGUAAGGGUCAAGCGAAACACACUCUGAUGCACAUUUAGUAUAAGGAAAUAAUAGUUGGCUAACUGGUUACCUGUGAAAUAUUUGCACAAUGCGUCAACUAUAGAGAAAAUGAAGAGUUUAAAAGAUACAUUAGUAAUGCUAUACACUCUGUGAUUAAAUGGUCCCAGAACUGCAAAUUGUCCAUAGGGUCAUAAACAAGUCAGUCUUUGUUAAAAAAGCAAAACAAAUUAAAGAAUGUUAUGGUUAUUACUUCCUUAAAAAGACUAAACAAAGCAUGACAACAUACAGUCAUUCAAUAAAUUAGAAUGUGUGUUCCAAUGAGGUUUGAGUGACAGAUUAAAAGUACCUUUUGAAAACCCUCAACCCUCAAGCAGGUAUUAAACAUAUGAUUCAUGAAGCCAGCACUUCUGUAUUAAAAAUGUUUUCAUUGGUCUAACUUUAUAUGUUGUCUUUUCAUUAACUGUAAGUUGAAAAUCAUCAUAAUUAACAGAAAUAAAGGCUUGAAAACAUCA